AUGAACAAAUUGUUGCCGAAAAGCAAAUCGAGAAGUACAAGAAAUGUCUCUUGCAAUUUACGGCCAAUGAUGAGAAGGCUCAGCGACGUUCUUCUUGUCCGUGCACCGCACAUCAUCAAGGGACUCUACGAUACUGACAUUUGUGAUGAGGACUCAAUCCUGAAAUGGGCUGAAAGCCAACUUCAAAAUGACGACGACGAUGACGACGACGACGAUGAGAUCAAGUUUGAUGGAGCAAAGACCUCUCAGAUGGCACAGCAAAACGCGGAGCGCCUCAACAAGCAAAUCACGGCUGUCAACGACGAGAAUGGAGAAGAAAUCGACAUCGAGAACAUC